CGCGCCGGGUCGCGUUUCUCUCUACUGCCUGAGGCGGCUCCGUUUGGGAGAGCCUUUCGCCAGCUCCACGGGGACCUCUGUGCACGGAUGGACCCGCCCGGACCCGGCGGGAAGCGGCCUGGCAGGCGGCGGCCCCGGCGGUGUCAGCAGAGGGAGGACAGGGCCGAGGCCGCGGGUCCCUGAGGCGCGCGGGCCCACAGGGCUCGGCGUUGGCACCAUGAUGCCGGGCGAGACUCACUCGGCGGCGCCCGGGACGGCGGCGGACCUCUCGCGGUGUCAGGGCUGCGCCUCCCUGCAGCAGAAUUUAAACGAAUAUGUUGAAGCACUAAUUACCUUGAAGCAGAAAAUUAUUAAUACAGAUAAUUUAUUAACAGAAUAUCAGAAGAAAUGUGAUGAGCUGCAGUUUGCAAGAAGAGAGAAUAGUACUCUGCAUCACCAAGUGGAACAGAUGCUUCAAAAAAUUUCUCCUCUGCAGAAAUGUCAGGAAGAAUUGGGAUCUUUAAAAGCAGAGCUGGAAGAGAAGAAGAGUUCUCUGAAGUUGUACCAAGAUACUCACCAGGAAUAUGCACGUGUAAAAGAAGAAUGCUUGAAAACUGAUGCUCAGAAGAAGAAACUAGAAGCCAAGGUGAAGAAGCUGGAAGAGGCUGCUGUCAAGCAAACACAGGACUUCAAGCAGCUGAGGAAUGAGAAGAAAAUACUUGAAAAGGAAUUUAAGAAGACACAGGAACGGCUCGAUGAAUUUUCUAAACAGAAAAAUGAAAAGGAGUUGAGACACAUUGGAACACAAAUUUCAAGUGAUUCUUAUGGAAGCAUAGAUAAAAGAAAAGUAAAGCUACUUCUGAAGGAACUCUGGCUCUGCAUAAACACAACACACAGACUACCUGGUGAAGGCAGCCGAUGUAUCACAGAGAAACCUGCCAAAGAAAACCCCGGACCCACAGAGUCCAGGGAUGAUGGCCUGCCUCCUCCAGCGGGAGGCAGGCCGCUCAGAGCUGCAGCUGUGCAGACGUGCCUGGCAGAACUGUCCAUGGAAAUAGAGGGUGACUUCUCUGCGUGUAGACGUGUGGGGGGAGAGGGGCCCAGUGGAGCCGCACACUGUGAUGACCACGUUUCUAAUGAGGGCCGGCAUCCUGAACUCGCAGUGCCGAGGGACGACGAGGACAGUACUGACUUCUCUGAUCGUGAUCACUGUUUUGAUGAAGAUCUCCAGGCGGCAGUUGAUUUCUUCAAACUUCCCCCUCCUCUGUUGUCUCCAGUGCCGUCACCCCCUCUGGUGUCCCUACCACCCCUGAGCACAUUACCUUCUUCGCUCGCGCCUGAAACCUACUUUGGAGAGUAUACAGAUUCCAGUGAUAAUGAAUCGUCCCAACAUAGAAAUUCUGCUGAGUCUGUUUCAGAAGAUGAGACGUCUGAAUCACAGUAUUUUGGUUCAUCCAGAAAAAGUAAAGGAAGUAGUGGUACCUGGGAGGAAAAGCUCAAAUCACAUGAAGCCACCCAAGCUCUGACUACAUUGGAAGUAAAUGAAGUGACAACUGUCGGGUUUGGGACAUUCACAGCAACACUGAGAGAGCCUUCAGCCACAUACUCCUUAGCUCGUGAGAAACACUGGAUGGUGUCAUCUGAAUCGACAAGUGAUAGGAGAAGAGGCGUUUUAGAUGAGGCACAAAGACAGAGAGAGGUUAGAGAGGCGGAUAAGUCAGUGCAGACUGAGAACAUGCUUCAUGAGCCCAUCAGAAAUGUGUGUGUUGAGACGUCGUCUGGCAGCCGGGCACAGGGCAGGGGAGAGGCCCUCCAGAAGUCUGAUGUGUGUUCUCCCCUCGGCAAGAGGCCAUUCAGUGAGCUCAUGGAAUCUGAAGGAAAAACCCUGCUAUCCAAAAUGAUAGGAUCACCCAAAUCACAGUUUACUAAGUGGAUGCUAACUAGUGAAAUCCCUCUUGAAUCAGAUCAUCUGUCAAUCUCUGACCACUUUCAGGGAAUGUGUAGAGUAUUGGGGAAGGAGAGAGAUGUUCAAGGGUUCAUUUUUGGAGCAUCACCUGAACCAGAGGACGAUGCAGGUGAUGCAAUGGGUGUCACAGGGCUCAGUGUUGACGCCAGGCUUUCUUCCUCUUCUACCUCGGGAACAUCGUCUGUCUGCAGUGACUCCCCAUCUUCCUCUGGGUUAAAGUAUGGUCAUGAUCUACACAUUCCUGCUAAAGUUACCCCUAUGGAACUGCAUCACUCUGAACAAAAGUUACAAGCUGAAACCUUGAACAUGUUAGAUCUGCAGCCUGAGCCCCCAGAGUGUCCUGCCGGACAGAACCAUCUGGAGAAUAGCUUGUGUGCUUUGAGCCCUGAGUUGGGAGCAUCAGAUUUUAAUAAUCAGAGCAGCAGUGAGGUCGGGUGCACAAAUGUUGUGAAAGGCAUGCCCAAAGUCUGUUCACUUGCACAGUCAGUAUUUAUAAAAGCUAUGAAAGAGGCACAGUGUCGAAGUCAGGGUCCCAGAACUGAGCUCCCCCUGACUAGGGCGGAUUCUUCACCAUUGCUAGAGUCUCAGUGUGGCUUGACCAAGAGUGGGUUUGGUUUUGUUAAAAGCCCUUCAUGGCACCAUAGUGAUCUGUUAAGGAGAGGUGGGGAAGAAAGGAUGAGAGCUAAGUCAGAAUAUGAACAGAAGACCAACCAUCAGGUAGAAAAGGCAGUGCCAUCCUUAGAGAGUAGAGGAUCCACAUCCAAGCCUGAACUUGCUAGAGAAAAUAAUGCUGCGGGGCUCAGGGCUGCUACAUCACUGUUGCCAAACCAAGUGUCCGUGAUCACCAAGCAGGCCAGGCCUGACACGGCGCAGAGUGCUAGACCGGAGCACUGGAGGCGCGAGACUGAGUCUGCCUUCGGAGCAGCACGUGCCGGUCCUGGGGCUGCAUCCAUGUCAUCUGUAGCCAGACGUGGCAGAGAAGGAGAGGACACGGCACGGGAUGCGCAGGGGACGGCUGCUACUGAAGGGACCUCGCCACGAGUUUCCACCUCGUGGAGAAAAUUAGACUUCAGUUUUCCAAGUGCUUCUUUACCAGUAGGAAAUUCUCAUUGUUCCACAGAUAGCGGACUGUCUUUCUCUUCUAAAAACAUCCCGGUCCAAAACCAAGACGUUGUGACGGAAGCCUCAGCACAGGAAGAAGUGCAGAAGCAAAGUCUGCUCCUUCAUGCCACGGAUCUGGACUCGUCUGGGCUAGAUGGGGAUCGACUCCUUCCCGCCACAGAAGGGCCAGUGUCGAGAAGUUUUCCUGUGGACGAAGUACCCUUUGGUGGCACGGGCAGAUCUAGUGGUGAGGCCCUGGCCGUCUCAGAGGAUUCUCCUCGUGUCCGGCAGAGCCUGGAGUCUCUAGAGCUGCCGUCUCAGACUCCUGGCAGUGCUUCUCCUAAAGGUCCAGGCACUACAGGGACUGCUCUUCCAUCGGCCAUUCUCAGGAAAGAGGAAGAGACGCAUGCUGUCCCCCAGAGUGGCCUCGCUGGGGCUCUGUGUUACACGGGCAUUCGGGAGGCAGGCGGUGGCGACACAGAGGUGGAGGAGAGUGAGGCACCUAGCUGCAGCGAGGGGGAGAGUGAGUCCGAAGCCGCGAUGGGGGACAGACAGCAAGGUGCCGCCCGUGCCUCCAGAAAAGAUUUAGGAGCUGGAGGUGCUGGCGCAGCCGAGACCAGGCCUUCUGUUGAGGUGGGGUGUCUGACCUCCGCGCUGCAGGACUUCAACAUCAGUACUCUUUCUGAGGUAGACGGACUUUCUACAUCAGAGGUCGUGAUGUUUCUCGAAAGUUGUCAGUUAAGAGAUUAUAGUUCAGGGGACUCUGUUUCAGAAUGUUCGAGCAAAGGAACCCUAUAUAAAGAAAUGAACAAAGACUUAAAGGCAGGUGAGCUCUCAGGAGGGAAGUACAGAAAGCAGCUCUGUGAAGAAGAAACCCUUGAAACCUCCGAAGAGUGGAUUGAAUCUGAGGAAGAUGAUGGUCCUCUGAGGAGCACGGAUCAACUCACACGACGUUCCUUGGAAACGCUGUCUGAGGUACUCACCAGGGUCGGCCAGGCGCUUCAGACCAGCUGUGAGAGCUCUCCUGGAAAAGACGCCGGUAACCUGCUCUUAAAUACGCAUGACAGCCUGACCACUAAGCCUGCCCGAGAGCACAUCCCACCUCAGGAGGUGAGUGGCUUCCUGCCAGACCCUUCAGGAACACCCCCUCCAACAGCCAGCGUGGCCAGCAAGGGCCGUUCUCCGGCCAGAGGCAUAUUGAGUAACAAAGUCACUCCAGGCAGUCCUAAGGGUGUUCCCGAUGUCACCAGCCCGAUCUGUGGUGGGGCAGGGGUCCUGUCGGAGCCGGCAGAGCCCUCCCCCCAGCGCUCUGACUCCAUGGUGGGGCAGACCGUGGAGGGCAAUGCCGAGGAGGGGGCAGAAACGACAUUUCAGUGUCAAAUAUCAACAGUGACCUCCGAAGUCAUAAAUGUGCUCAUUAAUAAGGAUCAGAAUCUCGUCAUUGAAAAGGGGGACCACUGGACCAUCAUAAAUGGGGUCGCUCUCAUGCCAAAUGUGGACCAGGUCAUACUGUGUGACAGUCCCGAGGACAUUCCUGCUUCUCCAGAUCGAGGAGACUUGGGAGCUGGCUUCCUUUCCGUUACUUCCUUGGACAAGUCCCCAGAGACCAGUCACCCUGGCCGUCCAUUUCAGGAGCCCCAGUGUGGCAGCAACCUGUCAUGUGCCCAAGAGGAAAUUUCCAGCAGCAGCCAGAGCACCAACUUCGAUAAAAGUCGUUUGCGCAAUAGGCCUGUCAAACCUAGUGUAAGGAUUAGUUCUGAAAUCUAUGAUCAGAACUUUGAGUCUCAGACUAUUGCGUCUGAUCACACAUACUUUAACUCGAAACUAGAGCCAUUCAGCAAAAAUAAGAAUCGAUCAAAGAUUUCAAACAAAGAUCAAUCAAACAAGCUGGCAAAGGCUUUAGCAUCAAGCCGAGUUGAAGCUAAUCAGAGUGAAGGUUCUCAGUCAUAUUCAGGAGAAAGAGAGAACACAAAAACUCAGAAAAAUCAAACUCAGACCAUUUUAGCCAAUGCUGACACAUCGACUCCUACAGAUUGUUCUGAUACUCUGAGUAAAAUCCGGCAGGAGGUGGGGCCUCCCCUGCCACCCUUGCUUGCUCCUCUGGUCGCUACACCUCCAAGGACUUCGCAACCAGUUUCUCCUCUGAUAGUAACUUCCUCUCCCUCCUCACCUACCUCUCCUAUUGGCCAGAUUUCUCCUUUGUGUGAAAUCCCAGUGCCUCCUGUGAUGUCUCCUUUGCCAGAAGAGCCGGGAUGCCUCUCCCCUCCGUGCACAUCUCCGUCCCCAUCCACUGCCCUGGCCGGCGAGAGGAUCUUGUCAUCACCCUUGCAGUUUUGUGCUGCGACCCCAAAGCAUGCCCUCCCCGUGCCUGGCCGCCUCCCGCCCUUGGCACCUGCCCACACGGCUGUGGCCGGACCCCAGGAGAAUUCCGUUAAAAUCCUUGACACCAUGUACCCAGAGCUGUCUGCCAGGGCCCGCACCCUCAACAUCCUCAAAGGGAAUAUUCAGCUCACUCGAGGUCCGUCUGCAGACUGUAAAAGCUUAGCAGGGCCUGUCAACGCUAUAACAGGAUUCAAGGCAAUUACCUCAACGUCCACGGCCUUUGUUAAGACGGGAGGCAGCUCAGGGAGCGACUGUAGUCAAGAGAAGUCCAGAGAUGGGGGGACUCGCCAGGAUGCAGGUGGGAAAAGGACGUUGUCUGCAUCAACACUGAGGAGUGCCAAAAGACUGCGGCUGGACAGCGGGUCCCCAGAACCAGAAACUGGGGGUGCCACUGCAGAAGGAGUCAGCAAGACCCUCCGGAGGAACCUCCCUCAAGCUGAAGGUGUGACGACAGAGGAAGAAAGUUCUCUUCUGACCAUCAGUACGGUUUCACAGGUGCCUCCAAACCCAAAAGAAACCGUAGAGUCCCAUGACCAAGCCAUAGCUGGUGCACUGAAGAAAAUCGCAGAGUCAUCUUUUGAUCUCUUACCUGUCAUUCGGAGUCACGUGUAUGUGGGAAAUAUCUCUAAAAAGCCUGUAAUGAGAGAUCAAGAGAAGGAAGUUGUUUAUGAAUUUAGCACAACCAAAAAGCAUUUAGCAGAGUGCUUGCUUCACUCUAUUCUCUCAGAACUAAAAAUUCAGAAGAUCUCUAUGGAGCGCAAUUACAUUCACGCCCUCUGCAGAGUGUAUGUGGGUAUUUGUCGGCAACUUGGAGACUUGGAAAGAGCUCGUUUGUUUUGCUACAGCCUACUUAAGGAAGAUUUUCCAGAGUCAGAGAAAUUGACUUUGUUCAUUGCAAACAUGUGGCAUGAUAUAUUUAUUUCCCAAUCGGUGAUUAAUAAGGCAAUGCAGUUGGUUGCCAGGCAACGUGCUAAAGGAGAGGUUCGGAACUGUUUGAGAGCCUUUCUCAACUGGGAAAAGAAUGCUCCUGUGGAUGUGGGUUUCAUGGUUUCUAAGCUGCUAUUGACCAUACAGUUGUGUCCAAAAACAGAAUUUCAGUCCAGUGAAAAAUUUGGUGAAGACUUAAGUGACAACACUUGGGAGUACAUAUUUGCCAUUGAUCUGCUCUGCUGCCAUCAAAAAUGGAUUUGGACACAUGAUAACAUUAUAAGUAAAGAGCUGUGGCCUGUAAUGGAUAAGUGGAUAAAAUACAGAAAAGGACACGCGAACAUUGCAUAUACUCCUGAUAUUAUUAUAGCAUCGAUACUGAGGCUGAUUGGUGAGUUGUCUGUUUUAUGAAAUGUUUUCUUGUUAUUGAUCACGUCUUGGUGGGAGAAUAAAAGUGUGAUAAUAGAUGCCGACCAAAACCUCACCAUAAUGAUGGCUUUUUACCACCACAUAUUAGAUGCAUUCUCACUUCCUUCUCCUCAGUCACAUUCUUUCUUUAUAAAUUAAUGUUUUCUCUGACUUUGUCAGAGAUGAGGUCUUCGUGCAGUCCAUUGUACGUGUGAUCGAACGUGUGCUGCUCACUUCUUACUGUUUACAUGCACACGUGCACACCAGCACACGGGAUUGCGGUCAGUGACGCUCAGGUCUCGUUCGGUGUCUAUAACCUGCUCUCUCUCCCUCAUGCACCACGUUCUUCUCUGCUGGCCCAGGCAGGGUCGAGUCAUGCAGCUCCGUAACUGGGGACUAGCUUUGUUUUCCUCCAGGCCCAUAUACAGAAAUUAAAAUCCUUGUUUAAACAGAUUUUAAAUGAGGCAUAGAUUCUCUUCCAUCUUGGGUGCGCAGGACCUCAGUGGGUUUUUGGUUCUGCUCCCUGUCACCCCUACUUUUUUAUUUUUUAUUUUUACUUACUUUUUCCUCCUUGCCUCAUCUCUGACAAGUCGCUCUCCAGGCCCUGCAGAGUUACCAGUGAUGAGAUCUAUUAAUUUUUGGAAGGCUCUUCUUACUUAGAGUGGACUUCUCCAUCUGUAGUAUGUAGCCCUUGCCCCUGGGGCACACCAUCGAGGCUCAUCUGAUACCUGUGUUGUAGCCCCUCAGAUCCUAGAACAUAUUCACCGUGACUUUUCAGUAUCUUUGGCGUUUAAUUGGUUAGAGCUUCGAGAUAGUGCCACUGGAAAUAAGGUUUGCAAAUAUUUAAGUGAUCUGAGUAGUCGCAUAAAUAGGUCUGUCUGUGACAUGUACAUAAUGGCUAGUUGUGUUACCAUCUCAGUAAAUAGAUAUUGCUGCCCUGUGCAUCCUUCACAUGCAAACCGAAGAACAUGGUGCUAAGUAAAUGUGUAAAAUGGUCCAGGCUGCUCUCAAGGAAGAACCAGAAAUACACCUGGAGUGAAGUUACCAAAAAGAGAGCAUGUGGGCCAGGUGAUUGCUGGAGAGGUUGCGGGAAUCAGAAGAGAUGCCUGCAAAGAUAGCUCAGGGUGUGGAAGUGAAUGAACUGCUCCCUGGGGGACUGUCUCAAAACACAGUCUGUGGCAUCCUUUAUUUCAGGGUGCCCUGGCCCGGAAGCAGUAAGGCCAGAGCAGGGCCAGGGGCAGCCUUCUCAGCGGUCUGCUCGCUCUGCUUUCAGUCGCAUCUUCUCUCAGGGAUUCAAGAAAAAUGUUCAUACCUGGAACUGACAUUUUAAAUUACAAAACUUACUUGAAAAUUAAAAAAUUGGGAGAGGGUGUUAAAUCCAUAAAUAGAUAAUAUCGACCUAGAUGAAGUAGCUUUGGAAUUUUGAAAAGAACAUGAUAAACUUUUUGAAGUCACACUUACAAAAUAUGGUGUGAUUUUGGCUGUUGUUGUUUGCAGAGGCGUUUGGUUACAUAUGUGUUUGUCGUAGCAGGAGAGGAGCCGGGUGUGGGAGGGUGGAAGGCUGCACUUCUGGUGACUUGCGCACAGUCCCUGUGCGUCUGUGACAGAGGGUCAGCCUCAUGGAUGAAUCUCCCCUACAGUUGGCUUUCAGGAGCCUUCCACAUUUGGCAGGCCAUCCAAAUUGCCUGAGAAGCUUUUUAGAAAAUGUAUAUGGAUACUCACAUAAUUAAAAGUCAUAUGUAGUAAGUUAUAUAUUAUGGGAAAAAUUGACAAUACAUAGUUCACAGUAUUGUCGGGUAGAAUGCUAAUACAUAUAUUGAAUGUGAUCCAAAGGGUGGAUAAGUAGGAGGUGGUGAUGUUCAGAGCAGCAGAGCCAGGCCUGGAAAGCCGUCCUCAGAUCUGCAGACAGGAGAGGGCCGCUGGGACUGCCAGGCUGGCCACGGUGUCGUGGGCUGGUGCCGGCCCUUGGUGGCGCAGCUUUGCCUGCUCUGGCUGUCUGGCCACUGAAGCGAUA